GAGCAGCAGUAAACGCCAGAGCAGCAAUGCAGCAAGCAAACGCCACAACAAACACUUACGCAACAACUAAUAGCGCAACAACAAAAACAACACAUGCAGCCGUAACAACAACAAGCGCCGCCACGCGCAGCACAUGCGGCAAAGUGGUGCGCACCAACACGCUCGCCAAAUCCGUGCCAGCCACACCCGUACAACCGAAAUCACCAACCGCACACUUCAUAACCACCUCACCCGAAUGUGAGGGUGGCCGCGCAGCAGCAGCACGCGCCAUGUGCGUCAAUGACAACGAUGACGACGACGAUCGCUACAACAAUUGCAGCGAAUAUCUGCCACAUUCCUAUCCGAAUUUCACAUUCGAUCUGUCCGAAGACGACUCUAACGACGACUACGACGACGAGCUGGAGAUGGACGAUUCCUCGCUGGCGAUGAUCACACCGCCACCACCGUAUGUCGAUACACCGUUGCAACAAUAUGCGCGUGCGCACAUACCAGCACCGCCGUUGCACGCCACACGUACGCGCCGCGCCGCCACAGCGCCACCGCCACCGACGCGCAAGAAACUCUUUCAGAAUCGCGAAAUCUUCAACAUCAACACGCCGCCAACGACGACGAUGACGCCGAGCAGCAGCAGCUUUGCCAGCGCCAUAACGCCGACCAAGCUGAGUGCCGCAGCGGCCGCGAUGUUUGCGGCGCCACAAAUGGCGCAAUUGAACAAGAAGUGGACACAGUUGCAUCGUAAGCGGCGGCGGCGCAACAGCAGCUCUGGCGAUUCGAAGGAGUUGGACAAAUUGGUGUUGCAAUCGGUGGAUUGGGAUGAGAAUGAUAUCUAUUGAGGUUGGCUUGGGCGUAAGGCGUAGAGGCGGCAUGCGCUUUUGCUGCUUUUAGCGCGCUCUGCUUACAUACAUACAUACAUAUGUAUGUAUACACUUUCGGCGUUUCUUUACUUGGCUUAAACGUAGUCUCACAUGCAUACUUUUUCCAUUCAAAAUACAUACAUAGUAUAUACAAAUACAACAAGCAUAUAAUAAAUAAUAGUAAUCUACAUGCAUACAUAUAUAUAGUAUAAUCAUAAUUUAAAUGCGUACAUACAUACAAACUAAAAAAAAAACAGCAUAAGCAGAUGAAGCAAAGUACAUAGUAGCGUUAAGUGUACCAGUAGGCCACAAUAACAGUAAAGUAAAAUAAGCGCGGAAGAGCGAGUAAGAUCGCAAGCGUUAAUCACUUAGUAAGCGUAGCUGUAUUAGACUUUGUAUUCGGCAAAGUAAAGAUUUUUUGAGAAAUAUUUAAAUAAUAUUUAUAAUAUAAAAUAACGAAAAAGACAAGUUGUAUUAUAUGUGUAAGCGCAUACAUACAUACAUACAUGCAUGCCAACAAGCACACACAGCGUCAUUCUGAGUUAUGUCUUCACGCACACAUGCUCUGAACUAGUAAUAGACACCAAGACUAAAGUUGCGCCACAAACUAAAGAAACCAUGCGGUGUUCCAAACAUGCCCUCACUAGUAUUUUUUAAUACUUUUUUGUACUGAAAAGUAUUUUGUAAUUUUUUUUUUACACCUUUGUCAUU